AUGGGUUCGCAAUUGCGACAAUCUUCUUCCACAAGUGCUGCAGGCCCGCGCCACCUGCUCUCUGUAGCAGACCUGACACCCUCUGAGUUUACGACACUUGUCCGCAAUGCCUCGACACAUAAACAUGCCAUGAAGUCUGGUUCGAUACCAGAAUCGCUUAACGGGUCGCUGUCACGCAAAACUAUCGCCAUGAUGUUUUCCAAACGAAGUACUCGAACCCGCGUUUCAACAGAGGCAGCAGUGGUCUCUAUGGGCGGACACCCGAUGUUUCUAGGGAAGGACGAUAUCCAGCUUGGCGUGAAUGAGUCACUUUACGACACAUCAGUAGUAAUAUCUUCGAUGGUGUCCUGCAUCGUGGCCCGGGUUGGCCCACAUUCCGAUAUCGCGGAACUCUCCAAACACUCGACGGUGCCUGUCAUCAACGCUCUUUGCGAUACGUUCCACCCAUUGCAAGCUAUCGCCGAUUUCCUGACUAUCCAUGAAGCUUUCCCGCCUCCGCAAAACGUUACUCCGUCGAAUUCUAGUCUCGGCCUUGAGGGACGAAAAAUUGCCUGGGUUGGAGAUGCGAACAAUGUUUUAUUUGAUAUGGCAAUCGGGGCUACCAAACUUGGCGUUGACAUGGCUGUCGCGACGCCCAAGGGCUAUGAAAUGCCUUCGCAUAUUAAGGACCUUAUCCAAAAAGCUCGAGGGGGGGUCAAGUCCCCAGGAAACAUUACUCACACUUACAUUCCGGAGGAAGCCGUCAAGGAUGCAGACAUUCUUGUGACAGACACUUGGGUGUCUAUGGGACAGGAAACUGAGAAAGCAAAGCGAAUCAAAGCUUUCGAAGGUUUCCAGAUCACCUCUGAUCUAGCAAAGCGUGGGGGUGCCAAAGAGGGCUGGCGGUUCAUGCAUUGUCUUCCUCGACAUCCCGAGGAGGUGAACGACGAAGUGUUCUACGAUAAGAGUCGGUCCCUGGUAUUCCCCGAAGCAGAAAAUCGAUUGUGGGCAGCGAUUUCAGCGUUGGAAGCGUUUGUAGUCAACAGGGGCCAAAUCGUAUAA